UCUCCAUGCCACGACUCGCUCUUUCGUUCCAUCUUGUGAACGGCGCAUCGGUGAAGCAGCACCGCGACAGUGUUUACAGUAGGCCUUCGGGGCUUACAGGUUUUCAUCUUUGUUUUUGACAGUGUUCAAACGGCGAAGGGCUUGCACAGGGGCUAACGCUCUGCCUGCAGACUGAGCGGGAUCUCGCGAGAGCGGUGGCGUGGCUGCUUGGCAGUAGGCUUGCAGUAAGACAGAGGGAGAAGGCAGGCAGCAUCAUGGCGGACAGAGACAGUGGAAGUGAGCAGGGAGGAGCAGCCACGGGCCCGGGCGUCGGUUCCAUGCACCCAGUGACAGGAGGGGCGGGCUCGGCUUCCGGGCUGCAGCACGAGACGCAGGAGCUCGCCUCGAAGCGGGUUGACAUCCAGAACAAACGCUUCUAUCUAGACGUAAAGCAGAACGCGAAAGGCCGCUUCUUGAAGAUAGCAGAAGUCGGGGCCGGGGGAAACAAGAGCCGCCUCACUCUCUCCAUGUCUGUGGCGGUCGAGUUCCGCGACUACCUGGGGGACUUCAUCGAGCACUAUGCCCAGUUGGGGCCGAGCAAUCCGGACAUAGCGCAGGACGAGCCGCGGCGGGCGCUGAAGAGUGAGUUUCUGGUCCGGGAGAAUCGGAAGUACUACAUGGAUCUGAAGGAGAACCAGAGGGGCCGCUUUCUGAGGAUCCGGCAGACCGUCAACCGGGGGCCCGGCUUGGGAUCCACGCAAGGCCAGACCAUCGCUCUUCCAGCCCAGGGACUUAUCGAGUUUCGCGACGCGCUCGCCAAGCUCAUCGACGACUACGGAGUGGAGGACGAGCCGGCGGAACUGCCCGAGGGAACCUCGUUAACUGUGGACAACAAGCGCUUUUUCUUUGACGUGGGCUCCAAUAAGUACGGGGUGUUCAUGAGGGUAAGCGAGGUCAAGCCCACCUAUCGCAACUCUAUCACAGUGCCCUACAAAGUGUGGUCGAAAUUCGGCAGCACUUUCUGUAAAUACGCAGACGAAAUGAAAAAGAUUCAAGAGAAACAGCGGGAAAAAAGGGCAUGCGAGCUUCAGCAGCAGCAACAAGAGGAGAUGCAAGGAGACGACGGGGACGAGGAUUGAUAGUGGAGGGAAACAUGCAAAAAAAUAAUCCGAAUAACCUAAAGAGAAAUUCUACGUACUUUGCUGUAAAAAAAUAAAAUAAAAUAAAAUAAAGAGAGAGAGAGAGAAAGAGAGAUACAUAAAAGAUAAGUAACUGUUUAACUUCAAGGGAGCACUACCCACAAAAAAUACAAACCUCCACAGACUGACAGUCCACCCAUCGCUGGAUGUCAUCCACUUACCCACCAUUAAUACAGUAAGCGGCUGCUAAACCAAGUAAUAACAUUAUAUAUGAACUGUUUUCCUACUUGACGACAACAGAACUGAGUGUUUCUUUUUCCCUUAUUAACCGAGAACUUUUUUACACGUUCCAAGAUAUUAUAAAAGUGUUUGCAAUGGAGUUAUUGCCGAGAUUAAGAGGAAGCGGUUCCUUUACGUGUGAGCUAAUGACUUCAGCACAAAUCAGAUGUUUUAGUUUUUUUAACCAAAUUUUCGAAUCAUCUGAAGAGGUUGUCAUGGUUGCCAUGCCACUAGAUAUUCCAAGCAUCACCUGAGGGCUAGAUAGGAACCCGGAUGGGAGGGGAGGGGGGAGGGGAGGGGAGGGGAGGUGAGGGGGGCGAUAUCAACCUGUUGAUUGACAGAGGUACAGAGGUCAACAGAGGCGAGUGGUCCCUGCUGUGUGCAGGUGUCCAGAAAUGUGGUGGGCGACCUCUUGGCAAACAUUCUGAGGAGUAUUACCAGUGUAUUUUUUUAAUUGAAGUUCUUGUCAUGCAGAUGAUAUGCUAUGUAUUUGUGUCUCGUUGUCAUGCACAGUGUAUAAAAAAAAAAAAAGGUACUUAAUAAGUAAGAGCAAUGACAACAGAAGAGAACGAGCUCUCGAAAACCUUUUUGUAACGAAACCGGACCCCUCGAUACAAACAUACAAAGAAACGUAUGAAAACGCUCAUGUAGAAAAACAUACAAAGUAUGAUUUUGUGAAUCAGAUGUAUUUCAGUGGAGAAGAAAACAACCCACGUUUUUAGUGGGGGAUUUGACAAACAAUCUGUUAAAGGGUUUAAAAAGAAAUAUAUAGAAAUAUAUAGAUAUAUAUAUAUAAAUAUAUAUUAUCAGUCUACCAAUGAGAGGAUGAGUGGCGCCAAGGAAUGCUGUAGUUGCAUGUUAACCUGUACACAGCCACAUUGAGGUGGAUUUCUCAAUGUUCGUCCUCAAGGACUCAUCUCUGUAACAGUUUCAAUGUCCAUAAUGUCAGUAACGUUUGGUCAGGUAGUUGAAUUAAUACUCGUUUUUUUUUUCUUUCAAGGAAUGAGUUGUCCGACAAGUACGUGUACAUAAUAAGAUAAUAUAUCAACUCUUUUGACUGUUUGAUCAGACAUCAGUGACAAGUCUAUUGAAACGAAAGCCCUUUUACCACGGGGGCCCUUGAGGACCUGUGUUGGGAGACCCUGACUUUAAUGAAACUUGUUGGGGAGCAUACUCUUCAGCAUUAAACAACCUGGUGCCUUACAGACUCCGCAUGCUUAUACACUGGCUGGUGCUUUGGAUCUAAGUUUGGGUUCUCGUUUUGUUCUUUUCCCCUUUCUUUUUCUCGUCUGGUUUUGUUUGGCCCUGGCCCUCCUGUACGCUAUUGCAUAACCCGCGGUCUGUUUGGUCAAGAAGCAAAUCAUUCUGAUCACAAAGAGUGACUCGGAAAUCACCUAGGCAUUUUUUCCCCACCUUAACGAAAAUGUAUCAAAAGCUACAUGCCAGACAAAAGGACGUUUAGCGGUUCUCAACAAACUCCUUUGUUUUGAGGUAAACCUCCGUACUGAAGCCUCUCUGUAGUUUGGCAGUAAUGUGACAUUGUCACAGACCAAAAGCUUAGUUGAGGGGUGUGGCCAGGAUUUGGGUUUUUUUUGUUUUUUUCCCCCUUUCCUCUAACUUUUCAGUGUUGCUUCACGUAAUUUGUCAUUUUGGAAACUUUGCUUCACAAAGUUUUUUUUUUUUUUUUUCCCUUUCUCUUUUUUUUCUCUUCCCAGUGCUAUAUUUCAUUACUGUGUGCAAUAUUGAACGUGCCAAUGUUGGCAAUAUAUGUAUAUCAAUUAAAUAUAUGAUUAAUAUUUGAAAAGCAUGUGGCUGAAUUCCACGUUUAUUUCUUUAAAAGGUCUUUAUUUCUUUAAAGCCUUUAUCUGCACUUAAAAAAAAGGUCUGUAUCUGGAAAAGAAACAAGAAGUUUCACCCAGGUGAAGCGAACACAUAGCAGUUAUCUAUCCUGUCUGCACUUUUUGUGAACGUUCAUGUCAUAAACGCGCCCCGUUUCGUCUCUGUUCCUCUUGACGUGGGAGGGUUGGGGGUUACUGGAAUGAAGCGAUUGGGAUGUGAAGGCCUUUGGGUAAGGGGCAAUGAAAAUGUAUGCUUAAUUUCCCUACAAAUACAUACAUGGGAUGAUUCUAAUGAUGAAGGUGUGUGAUGACCUCUUCUGUCUUCAGUAGCACAUUGCUUUCCCAGCUGGAGAAAAAUGUCUGACCAAUGUUUGUUUGAAAAUGAUCUCAACAAGGAAUGCCUUGUGCCGUUAUUUUAUUAUUAUUAUUAUUAUUUUUCUUUCUUUAUCUCUUAACUUAUGUUCCUUCCCUUUGCAAAGAGGUUCACUGAAUUACUCAUUCGGCGGUUAUGCGUCAAAUAUAAUUUAUGUACAUUUUACAAAUUAAAAAACAAAAAAAUAAAAAGAAAUGUUAAUUUAC